UCUUUACUGUAACCCUAACGCUAUUUUUGUACUCACGGAAACAACAACACAAAGAUGGCUCAGGUAUGGAAAAGAAAAUCCCAACAAAAGUUCGUCGUUGAAAAACAACCAAAUACUAUACCAAGAUGUUCCGACGAAACCAAGAUUUCAGACAAAAGCAAGAUUCUUCCUCAUGGUUGGAUUGAUUGUCAAGCAGUUGGUGACCUAAUUGAUAAUUACAUAAUCCCAUCCAAACUUCCUCUCGGAGAAUCCUUGCACAAAUUCAUCCAACCAAGUAAACCUUAUUCAUCAAGGCAAGUAAUCGAGCAACAAAGACUACUAAACAGAGAAUUAGGUCUGGUUAUCGAUUUGAUGAACAAAGGAGAAGAAUCCCACAACAAUUCGUCUUUGGAAUGGAAAGAGUUUGGUGUAAGGUAUGUCAAGAUUCCAUGUAAUGGAGUACCUGAUAAUAAGUCCGUCAAUGAUUUCGUGUACCAGGUGAUGCAAUUCAAUUACAAGUUCAAUUACGAUGAGACGCAGCCCAAGAAGUGUGUUCUUGUGCAUUCUGCUGAUGGGUAUAGCCGUACUGGUUAUAUGAUUGUGCAUUAUCUUAUACGGUCGCAUUUGAUGACUGUCACCGAGGCAAUGCAAUUGUUUCAUGAUGCACGGCCUCCAGGAAUUUAUAAAAAGGACUGUAUUGAUGCAUUGUACAAGUUCUAUCAUGAAGCGAAACCGGAAGGUUUUGUCUGGCCUCUUGCUCCUGAGUGGGACAAAUCUAGUUGUGCUGAUGAGGGUGGCAGUAGCGGUGGUGUCUGUAAUCAAGUGCUAACCAAUGAUGAUGUUUUGGGUGAUGCUAUACCCAGAGAACAACAAGACUUGCUGAGACAGUGGUGUUAUUCUUUUCUAAAUCUGAUUGUAGGGGCGAAUGGGGCGACUAAGUUUCCAGGAUCGCAUCCCGUUUCUUUAAACAGGGAAAACUUGCAAUAUUUGUGGCAGAACGAUUAUCGCACGACAUGGAAAGCUGAUGGUACACGAUACCUGAUGCUUAUAAACUCCGAUGGAUGUUACUUGAUAGACAGAAAGUUUAAUUUCCGUAGAGUUCAAAUGCGGUUCCCCUUGACACAGGAGAAUGGGGUUUUUUCAAAAUAUGCGCAUAACUUGACAUUACUUGAUGGUGAGAUGGUGGUUGAUACGGAUCCGGAAACACAUAAGCAAGAGAGGAAAUACUUGGUGUUUGAUGUUAUGGCAAUUAACAGUGUAUCCGUCAUUGAGCAGCCUUUUGGUGAAAGGUGGAAGAUGUUGGAGGAACAAGUUAUCGGACCAAGAAACCUUGAGAGCCAGUGUAUAAGCCAAAGUACAAAUCCUUGUUACAGAUAUGAGUUGGAGCCGUUUAGAGUUGAAAUAAAGAAGUUUUGGUUGCUCUCUGAGAUUACUGAUUGCCUAAAGGAAUUCAUUCCAAAUCUAUUACAUGGUUCAGAUGGUCUUAUAUUUCAAGGAUGGAAUGACCAGUAUGUUCCUUCAGCUCAUGAAAAGUUGUUAAAGUGGAAAUUUCAUGAAACGGUGGAUUUUAUCUUUGAACUAGUUGGUACUAGUCAAACUCCAUCGCUCUAUCUGUUCCAGAGAGGAAGGAAGAAGUGUAUGUACGGGAGUAGUGUUUUGUUCAUGAAUGGAGAAGAUCCAUCGGAGUUGUCGGGGAAAAUUAUUGAGUGCUCUCACUAUGAGAAAAAAGUUUGGUGUUUUAUGCGUGUCAGAGUAGACAAGUCUACCCCAAAUGACUACAGUGUGUAUGAAAGGGUGAUGCGGAGCAUAAACGAUAAAAUAACCGAAGAGGAUCUGCUAGAUAAGAUUCGAGGAAUUGUCCAGUGACAGUGAAACAAUAGCCGGAUGAUAGCAGCACCCAGAGUCGGAUGCACCAACAAAAUUUCUUUGCAGCACUAAAAUCCCAACCAAGAAACUUUUAAACUUUUUUUCUUCAAGGAAGUAAUAAGUUAUGGUAUGUGUACUUUCUAUUAGAGCAGGUGAAAUGAGGUUUUCAUAACUCUUAGCAAAUUUUUAUUUUAUUUUUUUUCUUGUCUUUGGUUCUGAUGAGAAUGACCGUUCAAGAAUUGCAGAUUUUUAUAUCAUGGUGAAAUUGCAGGAUCAUCUGUAGUAAUUUCAUACCCUGCUUGAUUCUAGCAAUGGUUUUAUAAAAGGUGACCAGUGGAUAAUGAGUUUCUUCUCUUAUGAAAGUGUAGGCAAUCCAUUGUGCAAAUGCUUAUGAGAUAAUGAGACUGACCAUUUGGUGCUCCCUACAAGAGAUUACGUCUUCGCUCCAUCAUACAGCUCUUAUAGGCUACUAACUAACUACUGCUAGCUUAUCCAUCGUUUAUUCGUUGGUUUAUGCUACCUAUCCAUUGGUUUUGCUUGCACCGGCGUUUCUAUAGUUCUCAGGCCACCAUUGUAAGGCAAAGUGUGAUGUCCCACCUGCAAGUGAUAAGCUUUCAGGUGGCGCUGCAAUGCAUGUGCAGGGAAGUGUGUGACAUCGUCAAUCAAUCAAACUCACUUGAAAAGUGUACAAGAGUUGUUGUGAGUGGGUGGGAUUUUUGACAGAUGGUUUCAAAAGGGGAUAAUUUCGAUCAUUAAAGUGAGUGUGUUGAUGUCUACUGCUAUGCCAGCCAAGUAAGUUUUGUUCUUGUUUUUAUUGAUUAUCAAUACCCACAAGCUUUGUACAAGAUUAAGGUUUCAUCCAAAAUUCUGUACCAC